GGCGCAGAUCCGGAAGGCUCCGCGGCUCUUACCAGGGACGAGCUUCAUUGUUCUGGUGGUUCUUUGACGACAAGCCACAGAAAUCUUCGGCGUCCCAAUUGGAUGUUGGAGGGUUUUCGGUCUUGAAACCAUUCCGAAACGACGUAUUAGGUGCCGUUCACUCCAAUAAGCCGAAGGACCUCAGAGUCAAACAGCCAUUCUGCUGUCAUGGCAUCGACAAUGGGUGCUGCGACGGCCCAGGCUCUGGCUACCAGCAACCCAGAUGCGUCCGGAGAUGCUGCGCAGAAGCCAAAGCGGCUGAGGACAAGUAGGCCAAAGGUCAAAACCGGGUGUAAUAACUGCAAGCAGAGGAGAAUCAAAUGUGACGAGCAACGGCCUGCGUGCGCAAACUGUAUCCGUUCGAAGAAGAUAUGCUCCGGCUACCCACCGCCUCCUCGUGAUAAAGUAAAAUUCGGAGAAAUCAAGAUCGCGCCGAAGCCGCUCGAAGCCGCGGCACCAAGCGCCUCGGCGCGGCCACCCAACCGCGAGCUCAUCCCGCUGCCUACCAGGCGCGCCGUCAAAUACCAUCGACGGACCACGCCGCCCAUGACGCCAAGUACACCCAGCGCCGUCGUGAUGCUGUACCACCCGUCAAUGGAUCUCCCCUUCAGCCACCAGGAAGCCCAGUACUUCAACCUGUUCCGUGAGCACACAGCAAACGAGCUCUCGGGCUUCUUUGAUUCGGCGUUCUGGACCCGCAGUGUUUUGCAAGAAUGCCACUCUGCGCCAGCUAUCCGCCACGCCGUCAUCGCGCUGGGCGCGUUAUACAAGACGCUGGAGAAGUCGAACGAAUCCCCACCGUCAUCCCCGUACCCGGAUAGCGAUCCGGUGGACAAUGCAAGGCGGCACUGGGAGACGGCCUUCAACCACUACUCCCACGCUAUCCAGAGAGUCGUCGACUCGACCGAGACAACUUCAAAGAGGACCAUGUUGAUGGCAAGUGUGCUGCUGGCUUGCUUCGACUCCUUCGUCGGCGAUCACAAAGCAGCCAUUCGCCAAAUCCAGGCAGGCUUGGAGUUGCUGGAACGGUUGCGGGCUGAAAGAAGGGUUAGAAGGCGGGACUUCUUCGCUUCGUCGGAUGAGCCAGCGGAAGAGGAGCUCACCCAGAUGUUCACCCGGCUAGCGAUACAGGCGAAAUCCUACGACAUGGCGUUCCACUUCCCUCAGCCGUAUGUUGUGCGCUUGAUCUCCAAUCGCGCGCAAGAGCCGACCUCGCCCUCUUCCGAUGCCUCGUCACCAAUAGGGAUCAGCCGGGAUGCUAUUCCAGACCGAUUCGCAUCCGUCAUGGAAGCUCGAGUAGCUUGGGAUAAGCUUUGCGAGCGCAUGCUACGCUUCACCGAGGUUAUGUUCGCCCAGGCACAAAACGGGGUCAUGGGCGUGCUGCCCACGUCACUGCAGCACUACGGUAUUUCUUUCAAAACGGACAUAGAGGCCUGGUCCCAAGCCUUCGACCCAAUCCUCUCUUCACGAACAGCUCCGGGCAUAAGCAGCCAGGAGAAGGCCGCCAUCGCCGUGCUCAAGAUGUUUCAGCUCAUGGGCAAGAUUCUCUUCCUAAUGACCUUCAGUGACAGCGAGAUGCACUUCGACAAAUUUGUGCCCUACUUCAAGGGCAUCGUCGACCUCGCUCUCGAGGUCGUCGGUGACGAGGAGAGGCGGGCGGCAGCCAGGCGGUGCCCCGAUCCAGAAUUCUGCCGCCACCAGCACCACGGACAGCCCGACAUAUUUGGCGGCCGCGAGUACGCCGCCCGCCACAUCAAACCCAGCUUCAGCGCCGACCUGGGCAUCGUUCCGCCGCUCUUCGUCGUCGCUACCAAGUGCCGCGAGCCACAUAUCCGCCGGCAAGCCAUCCAGCUGCUUAGGAGCAGUGCUCGCAGGGAAGGGAUGUGGGACAGCGAACUCGCGGCGCGGAUUGGCAUUUGGAUUGCCGAGGUUGAGGAGGAGGACGUCGAUCCCUUCGACGGCUCCGGAUAUGGCAACGCGAUCCCGACUCCCGGCUCCAGCCCCGUUCAAAUGCCGUCCCGUCCUUCGACGAGCAAUGGCAGUCCUCAAAGCGGGUCCUAUGCAGAGUACGGCAACGGCCGAUGGGAGACCUCCCCUACCCCGUCCUACGCUGGUUCAAGCAGCAGCUCGCUCCCUGGCCCCCGCUCUCCGCAGCAGCAGCGACAACAGCGCUCAGCGAUGCCCAUACCCGAAGAGAAGCGGGUCAUGGUCAGGGCAGUCGAAUUUGACUUGCGUAAGCGCAAGGUGGCGAUACAGGUCGGCUCGAGGAACCUGAAGACCGGCACGCCAGAUCUGAAAACGCGUGUCGCCCAGCUCAAGUGGUAGGUGCCGGCGG